AUGUCUGCAAUGGAUACAGCUGGUCACUUUGUACUUGGUUCACCUCUAGAACAUUCGGAAGAUACUGGUAGUCUCCCUCGGACAAAACAAUUACCUUUCUCCAUUUCAUUUUUGCAACACUUAAUGAAUUGUUUAAAAAGAAAUAUACCACAAGAUGCAGCGUGAACAGAACUACAAUUUUUACAAAGUAAAGCUUAUUUUAAUUUUGUACUUUUUGUUUUCAAAAAAAAACCAAAAUUCUGUACGACCAAUUUUUGACAUUGUGAAAAAACCAUUUUUUUCUUAUCUCAUAUUUUUAUCACCUAAUGUGCUUUUAUAAAAAAACACAAAGUAUACCACAAGAUGCAGCGUGAAAAGCUCUACAAUCUACAAAGUGAAGCUUAUUUUAAUUGUGUACUUUUGUUUUAAAAGAAAAGCAAAAUUCUGAGCGACCAAUUUUCGACGCUGCGAAAGGAUCAUUUUUCUGCACCAAUGAGAAAUUCCUUUUUUCUUAUUUCAAUAAACUGUUCUAUGUAAAAUGUAGAGCUUUGCACUAGGGGUGGGCCAUUUACAUUAAUUUAAAAUUAAGUUAAAAGUUAUCACUUUACACUUAAUAUUAAGUGUUAAGUUUUUGUGCUUAACACUUAAUCACU